AGGAAACAGACGUUGUUCAUCUCCCCACAGCGAUGGUUGGUCAUCGGCUUUUUUAUCGUAUCCAUUUCUUCACAUACAGCAUUGUGCAUCUUCUCUGGAUCUCUCUCUAUUAUGUGGAGGCUUCCAGUGGAAAACGUGUCAUUCAUAAAGAAGUUGGAGAUACUGUGGAGCUUUCAUCAGGCUUACCGACUGAAGGUGUGACUGAGGCAAGAUGGAAAUAUGGAGAAAUAAAAGUUGCAGACAAAGACAUCGGUGUUUUUAAAAGUUCUCCGUUUAAGGACAGAUCAGAGCUAAACUCUGAAGACUUUACUUUAACAGUGAGAAAACUGACUCUUCAAGAUUCUGGAGAUUUCAUUUUUCUCUCAUCUGUAAAUGACACACAGAGGCCUUCAGUCACCAUCACUCUGCAAGUUCAUGAGGCCAUAACUCAGCUUCCUGUUCUGAAAAUCCUAAAUUUCACCCGGGAUGCUUCAAACAAAUUCUGCACAGUUCUGCUGGAGUGCAGAGCAACUGGCAAUGUCAACUUCAACUGGAUUAUAGGAAACCAAACACUAACUGGCUCAAAGCAACAAUACAUCAUCAGGGAGCAGGAUGGAGAGAUCACAUUCACCUGCACAGCUUCCAAUUAUGUCAGUCAGAUUUCUGCAUUUAGAACAGUGAAGUGCAGCAACAGUACACAACAAGAACCAGGGAGCAGCUCUUCUUCUCUUGUCAUGUUCAUUGCUGGGCUGUUUACUGGAGUUUUGGCUCUGCUGCUACUCUACUUUCUGCUUCACUACACAAAGUUAAAGGAUCUGUGUUGCAACAGACUCACACCGGCUGAAACAAUCAACCAGGAAGAAAGUCAACAACAUGUGUAUUCAGCUCUUUCCCACGGUGAUGGUUGUGUUUAUGAGACAAUGCCAGGCUCAGAAGAUGCUGGAGCAGGUACAGCAUGA